AUGGAAAAAGUGUUAAAAAGUGUCAGACCUCAGUUGAGGAGCAUUCAGGAUAUCAGUUAUCAGGUAUGGAUUCUUCAGGAUCAGAUCCUCAUAGAAGUCCCAAGGAAGCACCAUAUGACUCCAGUCACUAUUGCCUUAAUCUCAUGCCAACAUGUGGAGACCCUUGUGAAAGACAGAGGGAACCCCGUCUACCUGAGACUGAAUGAGCUCAAGCUCUGCCUGAUGUGUGCUAAGGUCAGAGAGCAGCCUGCACUGCAGCUGAAGAUGAGUGAUAUAAUGGAUUUGUAUGAUGAACCCAAGCCUGUGAAGCUGUUUCUCUUCUACCACAGUCAGAGUGGCAGAAGCUCCACCUUUGAGUCUGUGGCCUUCCCUGGCUGGUUCAUUGCUGUCAGCUCCGAAGGAGGCUGUUCUGUCAUCCUUACCCAAGAACUGGGGAAAGCCGACACCACUGACUUUGGGUUAACCAUGCUGUCUUAA